GGGAAACCCCUCAUCUUAUUUCUCUGUGAAGAAAGUGGAAUCACAAGCAGACCAACAAUGGAAGGGGGGAUUCUAACGUUCACCGCUUCCUCAUCGGCGCAUCCCGCCGCUCUCCUCCGCCGCAGCGCCACCAUCUUCACCCCACCGCGCGAUAGUUUCCGCCAGUUUAGCACCACUAGCAAAAUCAGUAACGGUAAAAAAUCCAGCAGAAAAAUCGGCAAUUUUAGCGUGAAAGCGUCGAACAACAGUCUGUCGAGCAAUUGGGAAGUGUCGAACUAUGCAGCUCCGGCGUGGCUUCCGAGAUUCGAGGAGCUCGACACCACCAACAUGCUUCUUCGCCAGAGAAUCAUCUUUUUGGGCUCCCAGAUAGAUGACGUCACAGCUGAUUUCGUCAUAAGUCAGCUGUUAUUGCUCGAUUCCGAAAACCCUAAGAAAGACAUCAAGUUGUUCAUUAAUUCGCCCGGUGGCUCCGUAACUGCCGGAAUGGGUAUAUACGAUGCAAUGAAAAUGUGCAAGGCUGAUGUGUCUACCAUCUGUAUGGGUCUCGCUGCAUCGAUGGGGGCUUUCCUUCUCGCCUCUGGUACUAAAGGGAAGAGGUUCUGUAUGCCAAAUGCUAGGGUGAUGAUUCAUCAGCCACUUGGAACAGCUGGUGGAAAAGCAACUGAUAUGAGUAUCCGCAUUAGAGAAAUGGCUUAUCACAAAGUUAAACUGAACAAGAUACUAUCAAGAGUCACUGGGAAGCCUGAAGAGCAGAUUGAACUGGAUACUGACCGUGACAAUUUUAUGAACGCUUGGGAGGCAAAAGAUUAUGGAUUGAUUGAUGUAGUAAUCGACGAUGGCAAGCCUGGAUUAGUUGCACCAAUUGGAGAUAAGUCGGCCCCACCAAAAACCCGUGUUUGGGAUCAAUGGAAAAUCGAAGGCAGUAGAAAAGCCAAGAAGAAUUUACCUUCCGAAGAUAAAAUGUUACUAAAUGGACAAAACGGAGGCACAGAACAGAAAGAAGAAGCACCGACUCCUAUAUGAGGCGAAGGUUUCAGAUGUUUCAUGUAUACGAUUUGUCACAAUUUAGACAGACUUUCGGUUAUUUUUCGUAUUGUACCUCAAUUGCUCUUGGCAACAUCUGAAUAUAGAAGAUAAUCAGAUAUCAACGAUCCAAAACGAUAAUAUUGGCUGAUUUUUUCGUCUUUUUUCGUUAUGGCUUCAGGUUAUAUCUGUUUGUUA